ACCUGGCGCGGGGUGACAUCGGUUUUCGGCUCCAUCCGCCCCCAGGUGUGGGUGCUGCCCUGCCCCUCCUGCUCCCUAAGCCUUCCUCCAACUGGUGUAACUGGUCCCGGGUGUCGCAGGUGCCUGUGGGGCUGGCGAGGGUGCGUGUGUGUCCCUGGGAGUGCCUUCAGCUCCCGGCCGGCUGGGUGAGGUUUUAACGCAACCGUGCACCUGCAUCACCUCUUUGCUCAAGUCUUGGGGUUCUCCAGCUGGGUUGCAGGAAGCCUUGAAGCUUUGGAGAGGCUGCUAAAAAGCAACGCCAGCCCCAUGGGAGGGGACGGUGACCUGGCCCUGGUCCUUCCCUAUUUGGUGGCUCUGACAAUCUGCAAUCAUGAGUCGGGGCAAAGCUGUUAUCUCGAGGUGUGGGGGCUCUGGGGUGGUACCUGGGCCAUGGGGGUGCCCUGAGGAUGGGGAGAUCGAUGCCUGACACAGGCGGGGGGGCUGGAGGGUGUCCGGUCAGGGUGUCGAAACACGUCCCCUGCCUGCUACCUGCCAGGGCUUGCCUGGACAUGCUGGGACUUGCCUCGCAAUGAGGUCACCCUGUUUAUGUACUCUGACUGCCAGGAGAUAGGAAACUGGAUUUCUAUUUUUACUUGAGGAUGGUCAGUCUGUGUUGGGAGCGGGGCCGGGUUGGGGCAGGGCAGAGCUUUGAGGUGGCCCCAGGGAUGGAGCAGGGUCUCCCCAGCCUGGAGGCUCUCCAGCUACCCACUGGCAUGCUGUGCUGGUGGCAUGCCUGGUAAUGUGGUGCAGGUGAUCUGGGGGGGCUGGGGGUGCUGAAUUUGGGCAGAAAGCUUCCCUGUGGGAGGCUGAACACCCCAUCCCUGGGGAUGUUUGGAGGUGCAAGCCUGGGCGUCUGUUGUGGUCCUGGCUUUGGGGGCUCUAGAUUGGGUGGGCAAUGAGAAAGCUGUCUUGCACACAUGGAUUCUAUUUCUGUGAAUCUUUUUUUAAAGCAGAUUUAAUGAGCACGGCUAUCCAAGCAGGGUCAAGCCUUAGCUCCAAAAGCUGUCGAAUCCCAGAGCGUUGUUUGCUUUGCUCUGAUAAUGAGGUUGCUCAUAACUGUGGGUGGUGCGAGGGAUCCAUUAGCCCCAUGCAUGUGUAAGGGGGAGGACUGCUUGGAAGGAAAGGCUUUGCCAUUUACUGUGAAGGUCAAGACUUUUGGCACCGAUUUAAAAAAAAACAAACAGGGUCUUGUCUCUGGUUACCCAACAGCUUCUUGCAGAUAAUGGGGGUGGUUAAGUGGUCAAGCUUGUGGCAUAUUCUUACGGUUGCUUAAAAGGCUUUCUUGCCACUGGGCCUGGGUUCUUGAGAUGAAGAAACUGGCCAGAAAAACAUCCUGUUGCUUCACUUGCCCAUGUGCCAACUUGUCUUGUGCCUGUGUGGAAGUGGGAACGCAGCAGGGUUGUGGAUGGAACCGGUGGCAGCAUUUGAGGUCCCUGAUGCUUUGCUCUGGCAGGGCUUUACCUGCUGGAGGAGGAAUGGGGAACAUCAACAUUUGCACCUUCCCCAUCCUUCUGCAUCACAGCAGGCUGUGUUUGACUUCAGUCAGGCUCAAGCCUCUGCCCAAGACACCACUAAAAUACCAAAUGUCUGAGUCCAGGAUGAAUGCUGGCAGAUGGAGGUCCCCUCCAGGCUGCCUCAUUGCAGAGCCCAACCCAGCUUGUCCCACCUUGGCUACCGUGUGCUUUGCUCUGGUAGCAAAUGUGCUGGCCCUUGGGCUUGCUCGUGUCUUGCCCAACACCCCAGUAACUUGUUCUGCUUUCCUCCCAGGUGCCACAAUGCCCCUGUCUCAGAGCAGGGCUGCGCAGAUGCCAUGCAGCAGCAAGGUGUGCCGGAACCUCUUUGGCCCUGUGGACCACCAGCAGCUCCAGAAUGACUUUGAGGACCUGUUGAGGCAACAACUGGAAGAAGCUCAGCAGCGCUGGAACUUCAACUUUGAGACGGAGACUCCCUUGGAAGGACACUUCAAGUGGGAGAGGGUCUUCCUGGCUGAGCAGCCACAUCAGGAGGUUGACAGCCUGAUCAAGGCCACCAGCAGUGAGAGCACGAGUUCCUUGGUCUACAAGGUUCCCCCCAAGGACCAUCUUGGCAGGAUUUGCUCAGAGGGGUCUCAGCAGAACUCGGAGGUUUACAGGGCUGGUUCCCUGCAGAGCUUGAAACGUGGGCAGACCACCAUCAAAGACUUCUACAGCUCUAAGCGGAGGAUUGUCCCUGACAAGCCCAAGCCUGACAAGCCCAAGCUGUGACAUGGUGGCAUUCGGCUCCUCUGCCAUCGGGGACAGCUGCUGAUGCUGAUGUGCCCUGGGGGUGUCCAUGGCUCUUUUCCCCCACCCUGUACUGUGUAAGCUGUCUGUAUGAAGCAAUGUAGAGUCUGUAGUUUCCUAUUUAUGAGUAGCUCUGGGGUCCUGAGGGACCUUCACUGUGUGCAAUGUAUAGGAGUAGCCCACGUUGAGGCUUAUAGCCCCACGGAGGGGAUGGAGGAGAACUGAAAUGGGCCUGGUGGGACUAAGGCAUUGCCCUGCCUGCAGAGAAGAAAGAAUGUGUCCUCUGCCCUGUGGUGGUGGGGUCAAGCAUCACCCUUGCACCAUCCUGCUGUGAUCCUUCCCCUGCCUGAUGGCUGGCUGUGGAGGACACUUGUGUCCCAGCCACCUGGUGGCACCAGAUAUCCUUAAAAAAGGGUCACUGAUAUGGAUUGUAGAGCCCUGGGACAGCCUGGCCCUGAGGACACACUGGUUGCUGGCAUGUGGUAGUGGCCCUCUUCCCAGCAGGAUGGACCCAGUGGUGACAAGCCCUUGUCCAUGCGUGGAAGCAGAGUGACGCGGGGGCUGCUCCUUCCCAUGGCUGGUUGGGAGAGGAAACGCUGUUUCCCAGACAGCCCUUCCUUGGGGUGACUCACUGGUGCUGUCACCCAUCAGAGAUGGGUUGCAGAUGAUGACAAACCCAUUGGAGGUCUCCAGUGCUGAGCUCAUUGUGGGACCAAUGCUGCCUGGGAGGCUUUGGGGUCCCCUGGACUCUGCUGACCUAAAACCCCACUUUUUUACCUUGUUGGCUUGUGGAGUGGUGCUGUUUGCCCCCAUGUUCCUGCCUCCUUCAACACUGACACCAGGCUGGGGAGCUGCCUGCUCUGGCUCUGUUGGAUUGCUCUAGGGAGGGAAUCCUGCUCACCAGCAAGGAUGACACUGAAAGAUGAAAUCGUAGCUUUUUUUCCUGGACUUUUUCCCCUUUGGGGCUGGGGGGAGAGAGGAUCCUCGCUUGGCUCCGCAGAGCAAGCGGCUUCAGUCACCUCUGGGACCAAAGGAUGUCCCAGAGCAAAGGCUGCUUGGUCCCAGCUCUGAAGGAUGAGUCUCUGCUCUUGAGGGACUCAAUGCUGUCAGGUCUCAGCACUUUCAUGGGGUUCAUCUCCUGCUCUGCUGGAUUUGGACUCUGGAAACCGGUGCAAGAUGGUCCCAGGCAGAAAAGGGAUGGAGUCAACCUCCUGCCUUGCACCACGAUGCACUUUGCUGUCAGUGAAGCUGGCAAGCUCCCAGCACUAAAUGUUUAUUUAUAAAAAAAAUGCUAUUAAGUCUAUGUGGGGGGAAGAGGAAGGGGAAAUACCUGAUUGUCUAUAAA